AUGAAUUCCACUUUACACUCUGUGGACUCCAGUGUUAUUCAAACCAGUUUAUUUGGUCAGUAUAACAGGGCUGGGGAUCCAACUAGCCUAUGGUGUGAUGAAUCUUUGGAAAACCCGGACUCUAUGUUGGAUCAAUGCAAAUGCUACACAAGUACUCCAAGUUCUUUUUCCACUACUUCAGAAAGCACAUCUUAUUCGCGUGAUCUUUAUGUUACAUCUAGACUACGCAGUCGGUCUGAAGAGAAAAACUGUAAAUCGGAGCAUCCCUUUUAUCUGUCUCAUUCCGUAAUCAAUUAUUUAAAAUUGGACAAAUUAUCUAACAAAAUGUGUCCUGGUUGUGUUCCUUGUUCUUCUUCUUAUGAUAAACUACGAUUAAGUACGUACUCCGAAGAAAAAGGCGAUUUGAAUGUCACCCAAAAGGACUUCCAACGGGGUAACAAAUUCAAGCGCAAAGGAAACCAGUCGUUUAAGUCGAGUUCGUCAGUCUGGUAUAGCGAUGAUUCUGACUCAGUCCCUCCAGCGAUGGCUCUCAUAAAUGUAAAUCGACUUCAUACCCAAACCUUGCAUCCAGCUACAUUAAAUGAGAACAGAAUAAUUGCGACAAACAACAUUUUAUAUGAUUUCAACACUGAAUUUGAUGUCUCUGGAUCAAAAAUAUCAAAAAAAAUUUUGAACGCUUCGAGAAAAUCUCUUCCAGCAAUCCAUCUUGAUCGUGAUUUAGAAGUAAGCGGCAGUAGCGGUACCAGUAGUCUUUCUUAUACGGCUGUGAUUGGUAACGAGACGGAAUAUAUUCAGCCGGAUAAACGCUCAGAGCCAUUUUCUGAUGAAUCUAACAAGCACUACUUAACCUCUCUACAUUUUGGGCAAACCGGUGCAUCCGCGAGAGAUUCUGGCUUAAGUUCACAUUCAAGCAAUUCUGUAAAUUAUUCCCCUAACUAUCUUAUGCCCCCUCAUAAAGGAUUGGUUCCUGAGUGUAAAACUAGUCUCUCUUCUACACCCCCACCAGUUCCACGUCACGCCCCUCAAUCACAAGCUAUGAUUGCACUUACACAAAGGAACGGGAAUGAUAUUUUAAAUGCAACCAAUUUAGUACGUUGUGAAACUGACCUUACAAAGUGUACAUGCUCCAAAGGUGCAAGCGGUAAAAUGGUAGUGGGAAGAAUUCGUGGAACAACUAUCCGAUUGCAUUCACAUACGGGCGAAUCUAAAACUCUCUUAAAGUCAUAUUUCCCAAGUGAAAAUAAACAGAUUGAACAGAACCCUAAUUCAUCUUUAUCACCUAUAUGGAAACGUAAAUCAAAUACAUUACAAUCGAUGAUCAAGGAUAAAAUUCAACUCAUUGAAGAACAAAACUAUUCAAAAUCAAUCCAAAUAACUAAAUCCAAGGAAGGUGGUUGUAGGAAACGAGAAGAAAAAGAUGAUGAUGAAGUAGGGAGUAAAGGAAAACAUUUAAUUAAUAAAGUUCAAUAUGAAAAUACUACUACUACUUCGACUACUACCAAGAAUGAUAAUAAUCAUGACAGAGUGCACAAUUCCUGUCUACUUUUAGAUGAUUCAAUUAAACAACAAGAUGUUUGUACAGCAUGUACACUAAAUUGGCAAUUUUAUUUAUCCCAACCUUGUUGUUAUACAUUUAUAGAUGAUAUGGUUAAAUUUUAUCAUGAUGUGAAUAAUUCUUGGUAUUUUGUGAAACAUGAUUGUUUUCUAAAUUCUAUUAUUCAAUUGUUUAAACCUGAUAGUUGUUUCAGUUGUCGUAAAUAUAUUUAUGCAGUAGGUGUAAAUUUAUUUAAUAGAAAUCCAUUGAGAGGUCUAAAAUAUUUGGCAAGACAUAAUUUCUUAAACUUAUCUUCUAGUAAACAAAUUUCCAAAUUUAUUCAAAAUAAUGCUGACUUAUGUCGUUCAAAAAUUGGAGCAUUUCUUGGUCUGCCUCCUACAGAUGAGAUCAACCCAACGGAAGUUACAAUGAUUCUUCUGAAAUCCUUAAACAUUUCUGGUUUGGAAGUAGAUGAAGCUUUGCGAUUGGUUGUUCAUCGAUAUGGGAUGCCCGUGGAAUCUCAAGAAAUAGACAGAUUAUUACAGUGUAUCACUGAAUAUUAUCAUGCAGUUCGAUGGCGUUCAACAUCUGUUAAUUCAUCAGAUAUCUUUUCCAGUACUAAUGAUCAUCAAUUGAAGUCUUCACCAGCUCCUAUCACUCUGGAUCAAUUAUCAUUAAUAUUUUACGCUAUUCUCUUACUACAAACCAGUCUUCAUAAUGUAAAUGCAGCAAAAUCAAGUUUAGGCAAACAGAAUGUCAGUCAAUUUAUAAAAAAUGUAUAUGAUCUUUUAUUAAAUCAACCACCUUCAUCAUCAUCUUCACUAUCUUCUUUCACGGCUAAAUCAAAGUCAAAGAUUGCAAAUGUUAGUCAAAACGAGGUGGUUGAUGAAAGUGGUAAUAUUAUUACUGAAUCCAUUCUGGACAAUGAAAAUAAUAUUAAUAAUAACAAAUCUCUUGAUAUAAAACAUGUAUUCUCAAAUCGUACAUUAACUGAAAUAUUUCAUCGUAUUAAAGUCAAACCAUUGGAACCAGGUUCAGAUCAAACAACAAUCGUUCGACAUAUAUCUAAAGCAAUAAGAAAUUUGCAAGAUGUUAAAAUUUUAAACACUGAUGACAUUGAUAAUGAAUUCUUAUUCACGAAUAAUCCAUUUGAAUUAGUGGAACCACAUCGUCGAUUGGUUUGUUAUUGUACGGUAAUUCAUAUUAAUCAAAAUCAACCUCCUCAUAAAGAAACCAGUAUCCUACGACAUUUGUUUGUUUUUAAUGAUUUAAUUAUUAUUGCAAAAGAUUCCUCUUCAAAACGUACUUCUGGUAGAAGAUUAGUUUUCGACAAGUCAAGAAAAAUUCAAUCAAAAAUAAAUGAUAAGAUAUUAUCACCAGAUCAAUAUGAUAAUUUUCUUCGUCCACCAUUAGAUUUAUUAUAUACUGAUUGUGAUAAAAAGUUUAAAAUAAUGAAUGCUGAAUCGAAUACACUUAACUGUAUGCAACCAACCGUUGGUUGUGUACCUCAUAGAGUAGGAGGCGGAAGAGGAAGAAGAAGCAGAUCAAAAAAUGAACUUUAUAGUCGAAAGGCAGCUAAUUCUACUUCACAUUCCUAUACACGUCUUACUGCUUUAUAUGUUUUUUCAUUAUAUAGAUGUAAAAUUCGUCCUUUUAAAACUGAUGUGUAUCGUUAUGGAAUAGAAUUUUGGAAAUUUCCCGAGACAAGAACAUCACAACAUCAAUCUAUUCCUAGUAGUUUUAACAAUGGCAAUUUACAACCGGAACAAAUGAUUAUUAUUGCUGCACUCGAUAAAAGUGACUAUGAAAAUUUAUUGAAUGAUUUAUAUCAAGCAUUAUGUGAAACAAAUCUUGUCGCAUUCGAAUUAAAAUAA